GUGGUGCUCAACCUGACGGCCGAUCUGCGCGGCGAGUUCACCUGGAACACAAAGCAGCUGUUUGUGUUUGUCAACGUGCUGUUCGAGACGGCAAAGAAUGCGCGCAACCAGAUGGUCAUGUGGAGCAGCAUCAUUGAGGACCAGGAGCAUGCGUUGCUCAAGCUGCCGGCGUUGCGGCCGCAGUACCCCUAUGCUGUCACCGACCAGGGCUUCAACCUGCGGGACCGCCAGUUCAACGUGACGGUGGCGUGGAACGUGAUGCCCAAAGUGGGGGCGCUCUACAUGCGGCAGCGCGCAUUUACAGGUCAGCCCUUG